AUUAAGGUAUGAAAUGACAUAAAAUUAAUUAUGUUUUGCAUUGAACUAAACAUGACGUAUAGAAAUUCGAGUCAUGGCGAAAGUUAAAUAACUGAAAACAAAAAAACAAACUCAAAAAUAAUAGUUGUAAAAAGAUAAAUAUUAAAUGAGGCUACGAAAAUGUCUUCGAAAUAUUGUUGUAAUCAUGUGGAUAAUAUUCAUGAAAUCCCACUACACUUAAUACCGCAGGUUACAUCAUGUAAUGAUUGUGAUUGUGUUGGGCCAAAUUUGUGGCUUUGUUUGCACAAGGAUUGCUUACAUGUAGGAUGCUCUGAAAAAUUUAACGACCAUAGUACGAAUCACUUUAAGGAAACAGAAGAUCACUGUGUUCAUAUAAACCUUUCAACAAAACGUAUUUGGUGUUAUACGUGUGAAACUGAAGUAUUUUUUCGAACGCGGAGCAUAGUUUACGAGGCCAGUGACAAUGAAGAACAACAACCAACAAAUCAAAAUCAAACUUUAAACGAAGCACGCAUCAAUUCUACAACCCCAAUAGCAAACACUCAUCAAGUACUUUCCUCGAAUGCAACAUACCCGGCUGACUCUGGGGAUGAGAAUCAAACAAGUGAUAGCGAUGAUUUAAGUGAAUUAACUGCAUCACAUUGCUCUAGAAAAUAUUCCACAAAAUCAGACAAACAUCGAGGAUUAGUUGGAUUACAAAAUAUAGGAAAUACAUGUUACAUGAAUUCAGCAUUACAGGCAUUGAGUAAUACACUGCCAUUAACGAGUUAUUUCUUAGAAUGUGGAGUUGCUUUACAAAUAGCUAGCGAAAAUAAGAAACCUGGUUUAAGUCGAACAUAUCAGCAUUUAAUGAAAGAUAUUUGGAACAAAAAAACGCGUGGAUAUGUUGUACCUUCGGGAAUUUUAUAUGGAAUUCGUAACGUAUGUCCAAUGUUUCGUGGAUAUCAUCAACACGACACUCAGGAAUUUCUUCGUUGUUUCAUGGAUCAAUUACAUGAAGAAUUAAAGGAACCUUACACAAAUAUUCAAAUCAAUCAAGAAUUUCAACGACCAAGUACACCACAAAAAAAAAUGGAUUUUUGGCGUGGUGAUAGUCCAAGCCCGUCACAAUCUGAUGGUGAAUAUGAGACAUGUGAUAGUGGAGUGAGUGAAAGAUCUAGUCUAAGUGAUGAUACUGAACGUAUAUCAUUAAAUUUCAAAACGAUUUCAAGUAGUAAACGAAAAUUAUCACCAGAAUCGUGUCAAACGAAUUCAAGUAUUCGUAAACUGACGACGUUACAACAGUAUGGUAGUUUAAGUUCAAAUGUUAUUGAUACACAACCUAUCAGUAACGAUAAUAAUUUAAUUGGAGGUGGUGGGAAAAUAUAUAAAACACCAAAUAAAUAUAGAUCAAUUAUUUCUGACAUAUUUGAUGGAAAAUUGCUGAGUUCCGUUCAAUGCUUAACGUGUGAUAGGAUAUCAACACGUGUGGAAACAUUCCAAGACUUGAGUUUACCGAUUCCAGGACGCGAUCAUAUUACAAUGUUACACCAAAGUGGUCCAAAUAAAACAGUUAGUGCAAUAUUAAAUGCAAAAAGUUUGACAGAUGGCUCUUUACCAGCUGGUUUAGUCACUUGCGCAGAUACUGCUGCCAGAGAAGGCUGGUGGUCAUUAGGUUGGCUAUGGGGAUGGCUUCGUUCAUGGUUUUAUGGGCCGGCUGUAUCGUUACACGACUGUUUAGCCGCAUUCUUUAGUGCUGACGAAUUAAAAGGUGAUAAUAUGUACAGUUGUGAAAAAUGUAAUAAAUUAAGAAAUGGAGUAAAAUUUUCUAAAGUAAUUGAUUUACCUGAAGUGCUUUGUAUACACUUAAAACGAUUUCGACAUGAAUUAAUGUUUAGUUCAAAAAUAUCAAAUUAUGUGUCGUUUCCAAUGACUGGUCUCGAUAUGCGACCGUAUUUACAUCGUGAUUGUGUAUCAGAAAUAUCUGAAUAUGAAUUAAAUAGUGUUAUUUGCCAUCAUGGAACUGCUGGUGCUGGACAUUAUACAUGUUAUGCGUUAAAUCCACAAAGAAAUGCUUGGUUUGAAUUUGAUGAUCAAUGUGUGACAGAAGUUCCACCAGAAACUGUGGAAUCGUGUGAAGCUUAUGUAUUAUUUUAUAGAAAAUGUUCGAGAAAAAUUGCACCAAUUCGUCAAGAGGUAAAUGAAUUAAUGGAAAUGCAAGGUGCUGGUGAUAUGCGAUUUUAUAUAUCGAAACAAUGGUUUACAAGAUUUUCAACAUGUGCUGAACCAGGACCAAUUGACAACACAGACUUUUUAUGCAUACAUGGUGCUGUAAAACCAAAUAAAAUGGCAUGCGUCGAUAAAUUAAGUAUAGUUGUGUCACAACCCGUAUGGGAAUAUUUAUUAAAAACAUUCCGUGGUGGUCCCACAUGUAAUCAUUUAUAUGAAUGUCCUACAUGUGGUAAACAAGCCGAAGUACAUUUCCGUCGUAUUCGUUACGAACUAGAAACAUUUAUUAUAUUGAAUAAAAAAUUCCAACAACAAUCGAAUGAAGUUGCUAUUUGUGCAAUUAGCAUGAAAUGGUUACGUAGUUGGCAAGCAUUUGUUAAAAAUCAAACAGAAGAAACUCCUGGUCCAAUUGAUAAUACGUCUAUUGUUAUACCCGGUACAAAUAACAUAAACUUAUCAUCGGAUUAUGCACAGAUUAGUGAAGAAUUAUGGAUGUUUUUAUAUCGUAUUUAUGGAGGUGGACCAACUAUACAAUUGCGAAGUGCCCCAAAUAUUAUUAACAAAGAAUCACCAAAUUCGCCUAUUACAACUACAGCUGAACAACAAGUGUCUUCAUCAACUCAACAAGAGGAUAGUGCAAUUGAAUUAACCAAAAGUGAAACAAUUCCAUUAAUAUCACCCACAGCAAAUUCUACAUCGUUAAGUACAAGCGAUAGUGAAGAUGGCAGCGGGGUAUUUGAUUAUCAAUAUACAAAUUCAGAAACACAAUCAUCAUCCAAUAAUCCAAAUUCAAAUAAUCCAACAAAACAAACAUUUGUAAAUCCAACAGCAAUAUCAAAUGAUUCCAUAAUGCCAUGUUCAAAACGACCACCAAAAGUGUAUACACUGCAUACAACAAACGAGCGUGCAACUAAAGCCCGUCGAAGACGACGCAGUGAUACAUCACAGUCUACAAUGCAUGCAUCGGAUCAUGCACAUGUACAUAGCAAAUUUAGUAAAUACAAUAUUACCAAAAGACGUUCAGGACCAAAAAAACGUUCAUAUACCUGUCGACGAAAUAGUGAUGACUUAACAACACGUAGUCAAAGUACUUGCGAUCAGUAAAAUUUGUUUCAUAGAACACAAUUUUUAUUUCUUAAACAAUUUUGGGGGAUCGGUGAUUAUUUGUUAGGAAUUUUCAGUUACCACAUAAUUUUUUUUCAAAUCACAAAAAAUGAAUUAUUUCAUUGCAACGGCGGUGUUAGUUUAGAAUGAUGGUGCGAUAUAUUUUUUAACAAUAAAAAACAUUUGAUACAAUCCUGGUCAUAAAACCUAAAUUAAAUU